UCACGGACCACGGUCUCUCGGAAAGUUAGAAAUCAUAAGCAUCGAAAAAAGAUUAGUAUUAGGUAGUAGACAUUAGUACCUAAGUAGCACCUCACUUAUUACAACUGGUUGGUGGUGACUGCAGUCUGCWUUACGACUCGUAUUACUCUUUCAAGUAUAUUCCAAUCAAACUCAAAUGAUCAUAUUAUGAUCAUGUUAUAUAACAUUGGGAUGUGACAUUUUUAAAUUGCUACGCACAAAUGAAUCAUAACCAAUCAGAUAAUUUGCAUUGCUGUGAAUAUAUUAACAUGAACGAAGAAAAGUCUACUAUAAUAUCAGACCUUUGUAUUUGUCCACCAUUUGGAAACUGCUGUUCAAAUUUGUUGAAAUGUCCACCAUCUAGAGACAUAGAAAUAAAUGUUAUGGUGGCAAAUUUUCAAGAUCGAUUUAGAAUUCCUUGGCAGGGAGGAGCAAGACGUAUUUCUUUAGAUUCUGCAGUGCCAUUACUUCUCUUUCCGGCCUCUCUUUAUUUUGCUGCUCAAGGGUUUUGGCCAACCAUAUUAAUGUUUCCAUUGGUUACAUUGUUUCUCUAUUACACUCAUCGUACUGUCCGCAAGUACAGAGUGGCCACAAAAUUCUUUUAUGUUUGGACAUUGACAUCGGCAUCAUUAAUGUUAACUGUAUUCCAGUUUCUUGCUGUGCCUAUAUUAGACAUAAACACUAAUGAGAACAUCAUAAUUACAGUCACUAUGGUUGCCACUGCAGCUUGUUUCUAUUUUACCAAGAAACAUGCAAUCAAAUCUCAUCUGAAAUAUGAUCUAGAAAUGACAAAUGUCAAUGAAACAGACGAAAACAUAAUUUUAAUAAAUGAAACUGAAAAUAUUCAAUGCUAUACUUGUAAAAGGAGUGUACCGUCCAKAACUUAUCACUGUUUCGUGUGUAAGACUUGUGUGAUCCAACAACACAUACAUUCUUAUUGGAUAGACUGUUGCAUUGGAAAGCAUAAUAGAAAACCAUAUAUGGCUGGUCUGGUCCUUGGUUCAGUUUUGUUUACAUUCUUGUCAAAUCUCAUCUUGACUACACUGUGUCAUCCUUUCCAUGCUUUUGCAACAAUCAUGUUACCCGAUGACUGUAGUGAUGUAUAUUAUGACAUUAUGUAUGGUAUUUGUUUUGUGUCUGGGCUGUAUUGUUUUGCAGUCGGAGUAAUUUUGUUUUUAAUGUUUAUCAAUGAUAUCUAUAUGGUAUCAUUAGGAAUAACUUACCAUGAGUGGCAAGAACAAUGUAAAGAUUUUAAAGGUGAUUGUCGUUGGUUCCUAUCUAGGCACGUUAUUAGGAAUAUACUACUAAACUGGAGAGCAUUUUUCAAUAAUGUCUAAACUCUGAACCAAUAUUUCAUGUUUUUAUUUAAUAUAUAUAUAUAUAUAUGUUUUAUUAAUAAUUUCUCUCA